CCCCACUUUGUUACCAUGUUUGUUUUAAUCUCAUAUCCGCUCCGCCCAUCCAAAUAUAAAGAGGCACCAGAACGACACUGCACCCUUGUUUUGCCUAUAAGCAUCGUACCACAAAAGUUAUCAAGGAGACAAAGAGAAAAGUCAACAGAAAUUCGUUGUUGGAACAUUUAUCUCUGCAAACUGAAAGUUCUCCAUUCCCAGAAAACAAUGAAGUACCUUAUUUUUUUCACUGCUUUGAUCACUACAGCAAAUGCCCUGGUCUGCCAAUGUAACCCGUGUACAGAAGCAACUUGUCGAGAUGCGGAGAACUGUUAUUCAUCUGACACGGAAAUCUUUACCGGCACAACUCCAGCUCAAGAUUUCACUGCCAGGGGAUGUGCUGUUGAAAACAACAUCUUCAAAAACGGUUCCAGUCUGGUCUCAGGAGACACAACUUAUGCACUUGAAAUUGUCACUUUUCAGGAUGCCAAAAGUGGUGCCAGCCAGAUUUCCAGUUGCCUAUCUUUUGCUAUCCUUCUGCCCAGUGUCCUUUGGUUGCUACUGGACAGAUCCCUGUAUUAACCCCAACCUACCAAUGACCUCUC